ACCUACACCUUUUAAGGCAGUGAUAGUGCCGACUGACCUCAGCUGUUUGGUUGAUAGCGUCUCCAAGGGCUGGGGAGACCAGACUUACCCCAUGCCUCAGACACUGGGAAGCUCCCUUACUUAGGCCCUGGCCCGAGUCUUUCCCUUUCCGGGGAGGCAGGAUUCGCAGCACCUGACGCCCAGGGGUUUGGGGGAGGGCUGAGCUCUUGCAAGCCUGGGGGCUCUCGCUCCCGGUGACCCGCAGCCAGAGCUGUGCAGACAGCCGGCCUCGAGGAGCAGGCUCUGGCAGCCACCGAGGCACUGUGGUGGGAAGGUUAUUGCAGCUGUCAGAGCGCGUCUUCCUCUCCCCCGGAGCGCCAGUGUCCCUGCGGGGAGGCAGCGCCCGGUCUCCACCGGGACUGGCAAGCUGAGGGUGGGGGGGAGGCCUGUAGAGUACGGUUCGCUCCGGAGACAAGAGCACUGGCGGGCGCCAUACUAAAAAUUAAAAUGGCUGCCCCGAGGAACGGAGCUCAGCCCGGGCCGUGACGGGCUGCGCCUCCAGUCGUCUCACCUACAAGGGACGUCGCCUCGCCGGACACACCUCGGACAGAAAUACAGUUCCCGCUUACCCGCUUCCUGUAACAAACAGACUAUUUCUGAGCCGAACAGAAAAAUGAUAAAGUUUUUUCUCAUGGUGAACAAACAAGGUCAAACAAGACUCUCCAGGUAUUAUGAACAUGUGGAAAUUCAUAAGCGGACAAUGCUGGAAGCUGAAGUAAUCAAAAAUUGCCUUUCCCGUUCAAGAGAGCAAUGCUCUUUCAUUGAAUAUAAGGAUUUUAAGCUAGUGUACCGACAAUAUGCAGCCCUUUUCAUAGUGGUUGGAAUCAAUGAAACAGAGAAUGAGAUGGCUGUAUAUGAACUAAUUCAUAAUUUUGUGGAGGUUUUGGACAGAUAUUUCAGCAGAGUGAGUGAAUUAGAUGUAUCCUUUCCAGUAUCACCACCAAUCCAUUUGUCAUUUUCUAUAAUGUUCAACUUGGAUAGAGUGCACAUAAUAUUGGAUGAAAUGGUGUUAAAUGGCUGCAUCGUGGAAACCAACAAGAAUAGAAUUCUUGCACCUCUAUUUGUUCUUGACAAAAUGGCAGAAAGCUAGAAGGAAACAAGCCUACUGAGGAAUGUAUUUUACAAAGCAUUCUGAAAAUCCCACGACCAUCCCUACAGCUCUUUUCUGAGACUUCUUGCAGUAUUUUCAACUGGCUGGAACAUAUUGAAGCAAAGAAAUCUAAUGCAUAUUCCCUCUUCCUUUCUCCUCCAAUUCUAGAAAAAAAUAUGCCAUGCCAACAUAAAGGUGAAAAUUGGGAGGGGAAGGAACCAACAGGAACUUUUUCAAUGAGGCAAAUGUCAGUUGACACAGCACUUGUCUAAAAAGUAACCAUUUUGUUUUAGUAUUUGUAAUUCUGUUACGGGAAUAAUAUUCCUGAAGCCUUGUAUGUCUGUGACUAUGCAUUAUAUUACAAGUGCUACAGCAGCACAGCUGUAGCUACCCUGUUGUACAGCAGACGUUUACUACAGCAAAAGAAAGGGUUUUUCAGCUGCAGUAGUAAAUCCACCUACUUGAGAGGCGGGACCUAGUUGUGUCUACAGUGGAGUUUAGACUUAACUGUAUUGCACAGGGUAUAAUCUUUUUCACAGCCCUGAGUGAUGUAGCUAGGUCAGCUUAAGUUUUAGGUAUGGAGCAGGCCUCGCCUCAUUCAUUCCAAAAAAAGAAAAAAAAGGCAGCUAUAGGGAUGAAGAUGAUGAGUUAGGGAAUUAGUAUAAUUCCAAGUUGUUUCCAUAAGUAUGGAUCUUAAGCUCUAACUUCUGUACCGAUAUCACCAAUCUUCUACUAGGUCCUGUCUUCACAAGGACAGGUUUAUCUUAUAUGGUUUUGUAUAGAACAGUGUCAAGUUUGUGUUCACUCAAAUGCUAUAGUGAUGGCUGUAAUAAAGGUUACUGAAUACUACGAAGUUGUAAAUAAACGAUUUGAACACUUCAUUCUGUUAAUAAAAAAAUCAGAAUGAUAAAACAAAGGUUAAUUGUUCUUUAUCAUACUCAAAAGGAAGUUGCUACUUUAGUAGUUUAGUUUUCUUAGUGUGCUGUUUUAGUAUUUUGCGUAUAAACUUGAAAAUAAAGGUUCUCCUUUUCACUAUGGUA